AUGGCCAAAAGAUGCUACUUCCCAUUUUUGUUCCUUACAUAUUUUUUUUUGAGCUCAGCUUUGUUGGCCCGUUCCGAUGAUGGAUACGUUUAUAGUGAAUCAGAAUCAAAGUAUGUAAGACCCAAUUCGAACGAUGAACAGAAGCAGGAGCUGCAGAAUAUGCAGCCCGGAAAAUCGCAAGAUGGUGUCACCACCACCGUGAAUAAUGGCCCCUUGUCGAGGCCUCAGUCCUCCUUAAGUGUGAAGGAGGCGGAAGAAGGAGAAGGAGGAAGGAAGUCGAGAGUGAAUAGGGCAACAUCCCCAGCAGCGGAGGCAGCAGCAAAAAUAAAUAAAACCAGGGAUGGCACAGCAGUCGUUCCACCCAAAGAUGGCACAGCAGUCGUCGCACCCAAAGACGGCACAGCAGUCGUCGCACCCAAAGACGGCACAGCAGUCGUUCCACCCAAAGAUGGCACAGCAGUCGUUCCACCCAAAGAUGGCACAGCAGUCGUCGCACCCAAAGACGGCACAGCAGUCGUCGCACCCAAAGUGUCCAUGCUACAAAAGAGUGAGUCCUCGGAAAGCUUAAGGGAAAAAUUGGGAACAAUGCUCACAGUAUUUGGCUUACAUCCGUCUAGGUAUAUCAGCCCCAUGAAAGAGUUAUUUCAUUUGUACAACAGCAACAUUGACAUCAUGAAAGAUGAUUUCAGUUACGGAUCAAUAUCACUACACAUGCAAUUUCAGAAGCAUACAAAUAGUAACGACAUUGCUACGGUGAACACCGUGUUCUAUGCAAAUCAUACAGAAGAUGACACAAAAAGUGUAGGGGCACAAGGAGACCACCUUAUUAAUUUAAACGUGGAUGAACUGUUAAGACAAAACGAAGGUGUAAAUUUCCUUCCUAGGGCUUCGUUUGGAGACAGCGACGGGAUUGUUACUUCGGAUCAGUCUCUUAAUGUGUACCAAUCUAUUAAGGACAGUCAACUCGACGCCACGAAGCUUUUUAUCACUCUAGACAAGGUGGGAGAAGACAGACUUUCCGUUUCAACAUUGGACAAUUUUCUUGGCGAAUGUUUGAAGACUGCACAGGAUGCCUUGGCGCAGCCAGGUGCUUCGGAUAAGAAGAAGAAGAAAGCAGAAAAUUUGCAACGAGCCGGUGAGGUUAGAGGUAGCGAGGCUAGUGGAAGUCAGACCAGUGGAAGCGAGGUCAGUGGAAGCCAGGGCAACAAUGGCCAAAAGAAAGCCCGGAAACAAGAAAAGACCAGAAAGGCUUUAAUGGAUGAAUUCAAACAGAGCUUGGUCUCGAAGGACAUGGCGGCGUGUAAAAAAGCCGCCAAGCUGCUAAUGGCGAAUUCGACGAUAUCUAGUUUGAUGUACCUGUUCGUACUAAUAGCACUAGGCGUCUACUUAUUGUAG